CUAUAUUGGCGCCAAAAGAUCCCAGUUUUUGCCGCCAAAACCCGCGGCCUCUUCUUCUCCUUCGCCCCUCUCUCUCUCCCUCCCUCCCUCUCCCUCUCACAUGCCCACUCAGACGCACGCGCGCACCCCGAGCCAAGCGCGCGCAGACGCAGCCACCAUGCCGGGCCACAGAACCCACGCCGCUGCGCCCCUCGGCGGCGCCAUCUCCCGCCGCCGCGCGGAGCUCCCCCGCCAGAGUGGCGUCGGCGUCGGCGGCGUCUCUGUCAAGGACCUCCGCCUCCGCCGCGUCGUCCCGCCCGCCUCCGCCUCCCUCGACUCCUCCCCGGAAUGUGCCGCCGACGCGAAGCCUGGAUCUGUCGAGAGCACGCCGCCGGAGGCCGUGUCGGCGGACCUGGAGCGGAAGCCGGUACUCCCGCGGCCCAAACUCGUGCGCGACCCGAGCUCCUUCGGGUACCGGCGGCUGCUGCCUUUCCUCAACGAGAUGGUCAUGAACGAUGGCUCAAACUGCGAGGGCGUCCCUUCGGAAACCACGGCAACACACUUAAAGGAAGAGCUCAACAUAUCUCACUUUGGGUUGGUUGACGAAUCUUUGGGUGGGAGUCACCGCGAAUCUGAUGCCAUGGAUUCUGUGGAGCCGGUGAUGGUGAAGACUGGAGGAGACCGCGAGGUGAAGGAUGGCUGCAACAAUGUCAGAGGAGAGACCGAUACUGUUCGUCAUGACCUUGCAAGGAGCAAGCCUUGGCUUACCCAGUGCGCGAGAUCUAGAUUUGUUCAUCAUCCGAGCUCGUUCAGCUACAAAAGAAUGCUGCCAUUUCUCAUGGAGAAUGAUAUCUCAUCUCAGGAAGGUGACAGGGUCAAAAUUCGAAGAGUCGCAGAGGAAAGGCAACUAAUAUCAGAUGAGAAUGACUUCUCAGCCAGUGGGCAGCAGCAUCUUGCUGCCUCAGAAAACUCUUCUAUGGAAUGCAACAGAGCUCAAAUUGAAAGAAUGGAAGAAGAAAAGCCGCCAAAAGCAGAUGAGAAUCAUGUUCCUGAUAGCAGACUGCUUCAGCCUGCUGUUCUAAAAGCAUUUUCUCCAGAAUGCAGUGCAGCUGAAGUGCAAACGCAACAGGAAUUUUUAACUUCAAGACAAGAUCCGCUAACGUCUUGCAAUGGUGAAUUAGCAUCAGAUGGGAAUGAUGUCACAGAAGAUUCUGCAGAGUGCAACAGAGAUUUAGUCAAAAGAAGAGUACAAGAUGAAGCACUAAAAUCAGAUGGGAGCUAUGUUCUGGAUAGCAGAAAGCUUCAGCCUGCUGUUUCAGAAGUCUCUCCUCUGAAAGACAGCACAGCUGAAUUGCAAAAGGAUACACAAGAACAACCACUAACUUCAUAUGGAGUUGAGGAAAACUCAUUAACAUCAUACAAAGGUGAACUUCUUGCCAAAGAGCAGCUUCAACCCUGUGUUACAAAAGAGUUGCUAAUUGCACAACAGCAAGACAGUGCUGAGUUCACUUUAGUAUCGCAGAGCCAGAGCUCAGAGUUGGGAUGCCCUGAUGUUGGUUUUGGUAAUCCUACCAAGACAGUGAAACCAUUGUUGCAUCGACAUUGUGCACUAGAGCAUCAAGAUGCUGUGGCUUCUCUUGAUACUGAUCCGCUUCGAAUGAUCUGCAGACCUUCUGAUCCUUACGAUAUUGACAGAUCCUUAUCGGUGGAGGAAAUGUCUGGUUGUGUUCCGCUCACUGAAUCAGGAUCCAGCAAAGCAGGCAUAUUGCGGCCAAGAGUAGCCCUUUCUAUGGAAAAAAUAGGUCUUUCUCCCAAGAAACUUUCUCCAAGAAAAGGAAUACUUAAGAGGCAUACAAGGGGGUGCAAGGGUAUUUGCAUGUGCUUGGACUGCUGUACAUUCCGUCUACGCGCUGACCGAGCUUUUGAGUUCUCUAGGAAGCAGAUGCAAGAAGCAGACGACAUAAUUGGUAACUUACUGAAGGAGUUGGCAGAUCUUAGGAGUCUGGUGGAGAAGCCUACUGGCCAACGGGAGUUGACACAAGCAGCUUGCAGACAGGCCUCUCAGGUGGAGGUGCUGGCAAGAGAUCGUUGUCAGCAGAUGUUCCUGGAUCUCAACUCCCAUUGCAGAAUCCCUGGGCCGAGGGUCAAAUUCGCGCAAUACGUGGAGGAAAAUAUGGCCUCUUCUCCUCGCAGCAGCAAACGGAGGUGUCUCAAGUCAUGAAGGUGCUGGAGAUCCGACUAGAUAGAUCGUCUGGCAGGCUGUUGUGCAUCACAUGAUGUGUGCCGUCUGGCAGGCUGUUGUGCAUCACAUGAUGUGUGCCACUUGUGAAUCUCUACCUUACCUUUAUGUGUACUGCAAUGCGAUGAAUGCAACGCAAUGCGAUGCGACCCUUGAUUAACACAAGUUAUAAGCAAUAGCAACAUGGAGGGUGCUUUUGGGAGCCUUCUCUGUUGACAGAGGUCUCUCUGAUUUAAAUUUUUUACGGCUGUUUGAUUCUCUAGAAUA